UAUAGUUUUCUAAUAAAGAAAAUAUGUCUCUUGAUCAGGUUGAUUUAGCAGAAGCUCAAAGUAUCAAAUCAACUGAGAAAAAACGUCCUAGUGGAAACUUUCAACCCAAUCAUUGGGAUGAUUUUUUUCUCUCAUAUGAUUCCAUAGGAAUUCUGGAACAUGAUGGAGAAAUAAAGUAUAACAAAUGGAAAGAAGAAGUGAAGCAGAUGGUAAUGGGUAUUGUUGACAAGCCAUUGCAUGAACAACUUAUCUUUAUUGAUGCACUUCAACAACUGGGUAUAUCUUACCAUUUUGAAAACGAGAUUGAUGGAAUCUUGAAGCAAAUUCAUGAUGCUACUAAACUUGAUUAUGAUGAUGAUGAUGAUCUUUAUAUCACUUCUCUCCACUUUCGAUUACUUAGACAACAAGGCUAUAGAAUUUCAUGUGGAGUGUUUAAUAAGUUUAAAGAUGAAAAUGAAAGCUUCAAAAUGUCCUUGACUAGCAAUCUUGUGGGAAUGUUAGAACUACAUGAAGCUUCCCAUUUGCGAGUGCAUGGAGAAGACAUACUAGAGGAAGCACUGAUUUUCACUACCACUCAUCUUAACUUGGCCUUGAAGAAUGUUAGUUUAAGUAAUCAUUUUGCAGAACAAGUAGCAAAGUCCUUAUAUCGACCAAUUCGCAAGGCCGUAAUGAGGCUUGAGGCCAAGAGAUACAUUUCCAUUUACCAACAAAAUCCUUCACAUAAUGAAAUGCUAUUGAACUUUGCUAAGUUAGAUUUUAAUUACUUACAAUCUUUACACAAAAAGGAGCUUAGUGAACUCAUAAGGUGGUGGAAUAAAUUGGACAUUACAACCAAUGCACCUUUCGCACGACAUAGAUUACCAGAGUGUUAUCUUUGGAUUUUGGGAGUGUGUUUUGAACCUCAAUAUGCUUAUGUAAGAAAAGCAAUUGUUAAAUUGAUUUCUAUAACAGCAAUUUUAGAUGAUGUAUAUGAUGCAUAUGGUGUGCUGGAAGAGCUUGAAAUUCUUACAGAUAUGAUUGAGAGGUGGGAUAGCGAAAAUUUAGAUAAACUUCCGAAAUAUAUAAAAUUUGUCCAUUGGAUUCUUUUAAACUUUUACGAGGAAGUGGAGCAAGAGAUGACUAAAAGAGGAAGUGCACAUCGAGCUGAUUACAUAAAAGAAAAGAUUAAGAAGCAAGCCCAAGUCUACUUAACGGAAGCAAGGUGGUACAAUAAAAAUUACACCCCAACCAUGGAAGAAUAUAUGGAGACUGCAGCAAUUUCAAGUGGUUACCCCAUGCUUAUUACAUCUACUUUUGCGUUAAUGGGAGAUAUUGCAACGAAGGAAAUUCUUGAUUGGGUAUCUGCUAAUCCAAAAAUUGUUAUGGCUUCUGCAACUGUUUGCAGGCUUAUGGAUGAUACUGUCUCCCACACGAAAGAGCAAGAGAGAGGACACGUAACAUCAGCUGUUGAAAGUUACAUGAAGGAACAUGAUGUGACGGUACAAGAGACGUAUGAGGAAUUUGAGAAACAAGUUGUGGACGCAUGGAAAGAUAUAAACGAACAAUUGCUCAUGCCAACACCUCCGGUGCCUAUGUGUUUGCUUAAGUGUAUUCUCAACUACACAAGAGUAAUAGAUGAGCUUUACAAAGAAGAAGAUGCAUUUACUUUAAAUGGUAAGGUUACAGUGAAGGGUAUCACCGAUUUGCUUCUUACUUCAAUAUAAUUAAAUGAAUUUUGGUACUAAUUUCUCAGUGAAUAAUUAUAGAAUUUAAAUAAAUGUGUAUCGACUAUAGAUACUUUUUAAAUUAUUGCGUGAUAAUGUAUUUUUAAUUAUGUAAUUUUGUAUCAAUAAAAGCUUUAUAUUAAGUUAUUUUUUAAAAUAAAAAAAAUGAUUGAU